GGCGGGAGAACCAAGCCCGGAAUAGCAGGGGUGGGGAGGCUGGGUGCAGACUGGGCGGUUCGCGGACGGAAGCUCCCGCCCAGCCGCGCCGGAUGGUCCCGCCCCCUAGCAACGGGUCAACGUCCCUCCCUGGAAACGGGCCGACGGACCCCCGCACUGCUCGGUGUUGCCGGAGCUCUCGGCGGGGACCUCUUCCUGAGACACAGCAUGGAGCAGCCUAACAGAGAGGGCUGCAGACUGGGAAGGAGCCCUCCGGGUCCUGAGUGCAGUGGUGCACCUGCUCAGGAGGAGCGUAGCCUGGACAGGAUUCACCAGGGCCUGGAGUACAACAUUGGGAGGAUUCUCCUGGGACCAGAUUAUGGCUUGGCAGGCAGUCUUCCUCUGGACCCUGACCCCAAGCUCCCACCUUUACCCACGCCCCUACCUUCAGACACACUCUCAGACUUUGGGCAGCCCUGGAAGUCACCCCUGACAGCUGCUGAUAAGAAAUACCCCCUGAUGAAGCAGCGUGGGUUCUACUCUGACAUCCUCAGCCCUGGAACUCUGGAUCAACUUGGGGAAGUGUGCCGUGGCCCUCCCAUGAACCAGAACUUACUGCGGCAGGCCGAUCUCAAGAAGUUCACCCCAAGAGUUGGGACCUUUGAGAUCCCCGAGGACUUAGAGGAGCGCGUGGAACAGCAGAGCAUCGGCGCUACCACCCAGCAGCUCACCCAGACUGACUUUCCACUGCAAGCCUAUGAGCCCAAGGUGCAGGUGCCCUUCCAGGUGCUGCCCGGCCAGUGCCCCCGCAAGAUCGAGAUCGAGAGGAGGAAGCGGCAGUACCUGAGCUUGGACAUCGAGCAGCUGCUGGCCAGUGAGGGCAUUGACUCCAACCAGCUCAUGCCCAGGCACCCAGACCCGAAGCACCCCCAAACCAUUGAACAGGGCCACGACCCGCUCUUUCCCAUCUAUCUUCCACUGAAGGUGUUUGAUAAUGAGGAGUUUGACUGCCGGACUCCCAGGGAGUGGAUGGACAUGGGUUUGGAGCCGGGGUCUCUGGGCCGGAGACCCGUUCCUGGAAAAGCACUCUUGCCCACCGAUGACUUCCUGGGGCAUGAGGACCCCAAGAGUCCGAAGCUCAACUACAAGUGGUGCGAGGUGGGCGUCCUGGACUACGAUGAGCAGAAGAAGCUGUACCUAGUGCAAAAAACUGACGCCAAAGGCUUGGUGCGGGAUGACGAGGGGAGGCCCAUCCUGAAUGGAGGGGUCACCGCUGAAGGGAGACCGCCCCUUCUGAUCACUCAGUACUGGGUGCCACGGAUCCAGCUUCUCUUCUGUGCUGAAGACCCUCGCGUGUUCACGCAGCGCGUGGUCCAGGCCAAUGCCCUGCGCAAGAACACGGAAGCCCUGCUGCUGUACAACCUGUACGUGGACUGCAUGCCCUGCGAGGGCCAGCGGCUCAUCAACGAGCAGAGCCUGAGCAAGAUCAAGCAGUGGGCCAUGAGCACGCCCCGGAUGCGCAAAGGGCCCACGGUUCUGGAGCACCUGAGCAGGCUGGCCAGAGAAGUGUGCCUGGACUACGAGCGGAGCAUGAACAAGAUCAGCUUCGACCAGAUCGUCUCCGCCAAGCCUGACACCUUCUCCUACGUGACCCUGCCCAAGAAGGAGGAAGAGAAGGUGCCCGAGCGAGGGCUGGUGAGCAUCCCCAAGUACCCCUUCCGGGAGCAGAAGGAGGACUUCACAUUUGUGUCCCUGCUCACAAGGCCAGAGGUCAUCAUUGCCCUUAGCAAGGUGCGGGCUGAGUGCAACAAGGUGACCGCCAUGUCCCUGUUCCACUCGAGCCUCUCCAAGUACAGCCGCCUGGAAGAGUUCGAGCAGAUCCAGUCGCAGGCCUUCUCCCAGGUGCAGAUGUUCCUCAAAGACAGCUGGAUCAGCACGCUGAAGGUGGCCAUGCGCAGCAGCCUGCGUGACAUGAGCAAGGGCUGGUACAACCUGUACGAGACCAGCUGGGAGGUGUACCUCAUGUCGAAGCUGCGCAAGCUGAUGGAGCUCAUCAAGUACAUGCUGCAGGACACGCUGCGCUUCCUGGUGCAGGACUCGCUCUCCGGCUUCUCGCAGUUCAUCAACGACGCCUGCUGCAGUGUGCUCGACUGCCCCGAAGACAUGGUCUGGGGUGACAACCUCAUGCACAGCCCCUACAGGCCCCGGAAGAACCCCCUGUUCAUCAUGGACCUGGUGCUGGAUAGUUCGGGGGUGCACUACAACACCCCACUGGAGCAGUUCGAGAUGUCUCUGCUCAACCUCUUUGACAAGGGCAUCCUGGCCACCCACGCUGUGCCCCAGCUGGAAAAGCUGGUGAUGGAGGACAUCUUUAUCAGCGGCGACCCACUGCUGGAGUCGGUGGGACUCCACGAACCCCUGGUGGAGGAGCUGCGGGCCGUUGUCGCCAACGCGAUACACAAAGCCAUGAUCCCACUGCAGGCCUACGCCAAGGAGUACAGGAAGUACCUGGAGCUGAACAACAACGACAUCGCCUCCUUCCUCAAGGCCUACCAGACGCAGUGCCCGACCUCUGAGGAGGUACGGAACGUGGUGCUCACCCACCUGCGGGAGAAAGAGAUCCUGGACAACUCUCUGCCCAGCAGCAUCGUCAUCGGGCCCUUCUACAUCAACGUUGAAAACGUCAAGCAGAGCUUGUCCAAGAAGCGCAAAGCCCUGGCUACCUCCAUGUUAGACAUCCUGGCCAAGAACCUGCAUAAGGAGGUGGACAGUAUCUGCGAGGAGUUCCGCAAUAUCAGCCGCAAGAUCUACGAGAAGCCCAACAGCAUCGAGGAGCUGGCCGAGCUGCGGGAGUGGAUGAAGGGCAUCCCCGAGCAGCUGGUGGGGCUGGAGGAGCGGAUCGUGAAGGUCAUGGAUGACUACCAGGUCAUGGAUGAAUUCUUUUACAACCUCAGCUCAGAAGACUUCAAUGACAAAUGGGCCGCCAGCAACUGGCCUUCUAAGAUCCUGGGGCAGAUAGAGAUCGUGCGGCAGCAGCACAUCGAGGACGAGGAGAAGUUCCGCAAGAUCCAGCUCAUGGACCAGAACAACUUCCAGGAGAAGCUGGAAGGGCUGCAGCUGGUGGUGGCUGGCUUCUCCACCCAUGUGGAGAUCACACGAGCGCACGAGAUUGCCAACGAGGUCCGGCGGGUCAAAAAGCAGCUGAAGGACUGCCAGCAGCUGGCGGUGCUCUACAACAACCGCGAGCGCAUCUUUGGCUUGCCCAUCACCAACUACGACAAGCUCUCCAGGAUGGUGAAGGAGUUCCAGCCAUACCUGGACCUCUGGACCACAGCCUCCGACUGGCUGCGCUGGUCCGAGAGCUGGAUGAACGACCCCCUGUCAGCCAUCGAUGCCGAGCAGCUGGAGAAGAACGUGGUUGAGUCCUUCAAGACCAUGCACAAGUGCGUGAAGCAGUUCAAGGACAUCCCAGCCUGCCAGGACGUGGCCUUAGACAUCCGAGCCCGCAUCGAGGAGUUCAAGCCAUAUAUCCCGCUGAUCCAGGGGCUGCGCAACCCUGGCAUGCGGAACCGGCACUGGGAGAUGCUGUCGAACUUGAUUGACAUCAACGUCAGGCCCAAAGCCAACCUGACCUUUGCCCGCUGCCUCGACAUGAACCUGCAGGACCACAUCGAGAGCAUCAGCAAGGUGGCCGAGGUGGCUGGCAAGGAGUACGCCAUCGAGCAGGCACUGGACAAGAUGGAGAAGGAGUGGUCAGUCAUCCUGUUCAACGUGCUGCCCUACAAGGAGACGGACACCUAUAUCCUCAAGAGUCCAGACGAGGCCUCGCAGCUGCUGGACGACCACAUCGUCAUGACUCAGAGCAUGUCCUUCUCGCCCUACAAGAAGCCGUUUGAGCAACGCAUCAACUCCUGGGAAAACAAACUGAAGCUGACCCAGGAGGUGCUGGAGGAGUGGCUGAACUGCCAGCGGUCCUGGCUCUACCUGGAACCCAUCUUCAGCUCUGAGGACAUCAAUAGGCAGCUGCCAGUGGAAAGCAAGCGCUACCAGACGAUGGAGCGGAUCUGGAGGAAGAUCAUGAGGAACGCCUACGAGAACCGGGAGGUGAUCAACGUAUGUGCCGACCAGCGGCUGCUGGACAGCCUGCGGGACUGCAACAAGCUGCUGGAUCUGGUGCAGAAGGGGCUCAGCGAGUACCUGGAGACCAAGAGGAGCGCCUUCCCCAGAUUCUACUUCCUGUCAGAUGAUGAACUGCUAGAGAUCUUGUCCCAGACAAAGGACCCCACGGCCGUGCAGCCCCACCUGCGCAAGUGCUUCGAGAACAUUGCCCGGCUGCUGUUCCAGGAGAACCUGGAGAUCACCCACAUGUACUCGGCGGAGGGCGAGGAGGUGCAGCUGUCUUUCUCCGUCAUCCCCUCCAGCAACGUGGAGGAUUGGCUGCGGGAGGUGGAGCACAGCAUGAAGACCAGUGUGCGCGACAUCAUCGAGAGGGCCAUCAGGGCCUACCCCACGAUGCCCAGGACCCAGUGGGUUCUGAACUGGCCUGGCCAGGUGACCAUCGCUGGGUGCCAGACCUACUGGACCAUGGAGGUGGCGGAGGCUUUGGAGGCCAACAACCUCAGUAGCCGGCUGUUCCCCCAGCUCUCCCAGCAGCUCAGUGACCUUGUGGCUCUGGUGCGGGGGAAGCUGUCCCGCAUGCAGCGGGCAGUGCUGUCGGCACUCAUUGUCAUUGAGGUCCAUGCCAAGGACGUGGUGAGCAAGCUGAUCCAGGAGCACGUGGUCAGCGUGAAUGACUUCGAGUGGAUCUCACAGUUGAGGUACUACUGGACGAACAACGACCUGUACAUCCGCGCUGUGAAUGCUGAGUUCAUCUACGGCUAUGAGUACCUAGGCAACAGCGGGAGGCUGGUGAUCACGCCCCUUACCGACAGGUGCUACCUGACCCUGACUGGAGCCCUGCACCUCAAGUUUGGAGGUGCACCAGCUGGUCCAGCUGGCACAGGAAAAACCGAGACCACCAAAGACCUGGGCAAGGCCUUGGCUAUACAGACCGUUGUCUUCAACUGCUCUGACCAGCUCGACUUUAUGGCCAUGGGCAAGUUCUUCAAGGGCCUGGCCAGUGCUGGGGCCUGGGCCUGCUUUGACGAGUUCAACCGCAUCGACAUUGAGGUGCUGUCUGUGGUGGCCCAGCAGAUCACCACCAUCCAGAAGGCACAGCAACAGCGGGUGGAACGCUUCAUGUUCGAGGGCGUUGAGAUCCCCCUUGUGCCGUCCUGUGCCGUGUUUAUCACCAUGAAUCCGGGAUAUGCUGGCCGCACUGAGCUGCCUGACAAUCUGAAGGCACUCUUCCGGCCUGUGGCCAUGAUGGUUCCGGAUUAUGCCAUGAUUGCCGAGAUCUCCCUCUACUCCUUUGGCUUCAACGAAGCCAGCGUGCUAGCUAAGAAGAUCACAACCACCUUCAAGCUGUCCUCUGAGCAGCUCAGCUCCCAGGAUCACUAUGACUUCGGGAUGAGAGCUGUGAAGACUGUGAUCUCAGCUGCUGGGAACCUCAAGCGAGAAAACCCCAGCAUGAAUGAGGAGCUGAUCUGCCUCCGGGCCAUCCGGGAUGUGAACGUGCCCAAGUUCCUGCAGGAGGACCUCAAGCUCUUCUCUGGGAUCGUGUCCGACCUGUUCCCCACCAUCAAGGAGGAAGAGACGGACUAUGGCAUCCUGGACAAGGCCAUCCGCAAGGCUUGUGAGAAGCGUAACCUCAAAGAUGUGGAGGGCUUCCUGACCAAGUGUAUCCAGCUCUACGAGACCACAGUGGUGCGGCAUGGCCUCAUGCUGGUCGGGCCCACGGGCUCCGGCAAGAGCGACUGUUACAGAGUGCUGGCUGCCGCCAUGACGGCCCUGAAAGGGCAGCCCUCUAUUAGCGGUGGCGUGUAUGAGGCCGUCAAAUACUACGUGCUCAAUCCCAAGUCCAUCACAAUGGGCCAGCUCUAUGGGGAGUUCGACCUGCUCACCCAUGAGUGGACAGAUGGGAUUUUCUCGUCCCUCAUCCGGGCGGGAUCCAUCGCCUCAGAUACCAGCAAGAAGUGGUACAUGUUCGACGGGCCGGUGGACGCCGUCUGGAUCGAGAACAUGAACACGGUGCUGGACGACAACAAGAAGCUAUGCCUCAGCUCCGGGGAGAUCAUCAAGCUCACAGAGGCGAUGACCAUGAUGUUCGAGGUGCAGGACCUGGCGGUGGCGUCCCCAGCCACAGUGUCCCGCUGUGGGAUGGUGUACCUGGAGCCCAGCAUCCUGGGGCUCAUACCUUUCGUCGAGUGCUGGCUGCAGAGGCUGCCUCCCUUGCUGAAGCACUACGAGGAGCAUUUCAAGGCCCUCUUUGUCAGCUUCCUGGAGGAAUCCAUCGCCUUCGUUCGGUCCUCAGUGAAGGAGGUGAUCGCCUCGACCAACAGCAACCUGACCAUGAGCCUCCUCAAGCUGCUCGACUGCUUCUUCAAGCCCUUCACGCCCAAAGAGGGCCUCAAGAAUAUACCCCCCGAAAAGCUGAGUCGCGUCCCAGAGCUGAUCGAGCCCUGGUUCAUCUUCUCCCUGGUCUGGAGCGUGGGCGUUACCGGGGACAGCAACAGCCGCAUCGGCUUCAGCCAUUGGCUGAGGACGAAGAUGAUAAGGGAAAGGGUGACGCUGCACUUCCCAGAUGAGGGGCUGGUGUUCGAUUACAGGCUGGAGGAUGCAGGCAUCAGCAGCACCAACGAUGAGGAGGAGGACGAUGAGGAGGGCAAGCAGGUGGCCUGGGUGAAGUGGAUGGACUCCUCGGCUUCGUUCACCAUGGUGCCUGACACCAGCUACUGCAACAUCAUCGUGCCCACCAUGGACACCGUGCAGAUGUCCUGCCUGUUGGGCAUGCUGCUCUCCAACCACAAACCUGUGCUGUGCAUUGGGCCGACGGGCACAGGGAAGACACUCACCAUCUCCGAUAAGCUCCUUAAGAACCUGCCGCUGGAGUACAUCAGCCACUUCCUCACUUUCUCAGCCCGCACCUCAGCCAACCAGACCCAGGACCUCAUAGACAGCAAGUUGGACAAGAGGCGGAAGGGUGUGUUUGGGCCACCCCUGGGGCGAAACUUCAUCUUCUUCAUCGAUGACCUGAACAUGCCGGCCCUGGAGACUUACGGAGCCCAGCCACCCAUCGAGCUGUUGCGCCAGUGGAUGGACCACGGCGGCUGGUAUGACCGCAAGAUCAUCGGAGCCUUCAAGAAGCUGGUGGAUAUCAACUUUGUCUGUGCCAUGGGCCCCCCUGGAGGGGGCAGGAACCCCAUUACCCCGAGGCUGACACGUCACUUCAACUACCUAUCCUUCACCGAGAUGGACGAGAUCAGUAAGAAGCGCAUCUUCUCCACCAUCCUGGGCAGCUGGACAGAUGGACUCCUUGGAGAAAAAAGUUACCGGGAGCCUGUGCCUGGGGCCCCCAACAUUGCCCCCUUCACGGAGCCCCUCGUGGAAGCCACCAUCAUGGUGUAUGCCACCAUCACCUCUCAGCUGCUGCCCACUCCGGCCAAGUCCCACUACACCUUCAACCUGCGGGACCUCUCUAAGGUCUUCCAGGGCAUGCUCAUGGCCGACCCCGCCAAGGUCGAGGACAAGGUGCAGCUGCUGCGACUGUGGUACCACGAGAACUGCCGCGUGUUCCGAGACCGGCUGGUGAACGAGGAGGACCGCGGCUGGUUCGACCAGCUCCUCCAGAGCUGCAUGGAGCAGUGGGAGGUGGCCUUCGACAAGGUCUGCCCCUUCCAGCCCAUUCUUUAUGGGGACUUCAUGUCACCAGGCGCAGACGUCAAGUCCUACGAGCUCAUCACCAACGAGAAGAAGAUGCUGCAGGUGAUCGAGGAGUACAUGGAGGACUACAACCAGAUCAACACGGCCAAGCUGAAGCUGGUCCUCUUCAUGGACGCCAUGAGCCACAUCUGCCGCAUCAGCCGCACCCUGCGCCAAGCGCUGGGCAAUGCACUCCUGCUGGGCGUGGGUGGCAGCGGCCGCAGCUCCCUCACACGGCUCGCCUCGCACAUGGCCGAGUACGAGUGCUUCCAGAUCGAGCUAUCCAAGAACUACGGCAUGUCUGAGUGGCGCGAGGAUGUCAAGAAGGUUCUGCUCAAGGCAGGCCUACAGAACCUGCCCAUCACCUUCCUGUUCUCAGACACCCAGAUCAAGAAUGAGUCCUUCCUGGAGGACAUCAACAACGUGCUGAACUCGGGCGACAUUCCCAACCUGUACACGGCAGACGAGCAGGACCAGAUCGUGAACACCAUGCGGCCCUCCAUCCAGGAGCAGGGCCUGCAGCCCACCAAGGCCAACCUCGUGGCCGCCUACACGGGGCGCGUGCGCAGCAACAUCCACAUGGUGCUGUGCAUGAGCCCCAUUGGAGAGGUCUUCCGAGCUCGCCUGAGGCAGUUCCCCUCCCUGGUCAACUGUUGUACCAUCGACUGGUUUAACGAGUGGCCAGCAGAGGCCCUGGAGUCUGUGGCCACCAGAUUCUUGAAUGAGAUCCCUGAACUAGAAGCCUCCACUGAAGUCAUUGAAGGGCUGAUUCAAGUCUGCGUGGAUAUCCACCAGUCAGUGGCCAGCAAGUGUGUGGAGUACCUGGUGGAGCUGGCCCGCCACAACUAUGUGACCCCCAAGAGCUACCUGGAGCUGCUCAACAUUUUCUCCACCCUCAUCGGGCAGAAGAAACUGGAGCUGAAAACGGCCAAGAACCGCAUGAAGAGCGGCCUCGACAAGCUGUUGCGCACCUCUGAGGAUGUGGCCAAGAUGCAGGAGGAGCUGGAGAUUAUGCGCCCCCUGCUGGAGGAGGCUGCCAAGGACACCGUGCUCACCAUGGAGCAGAUCAAGGUGGAUACAACCAUUGCCGAGGAGACCCGGAAUUCGGUGCAGGCAGAGGAGAUCAAGGCCAACGAGAAGGCCAGGAAGGCCCAGGCUAUCGCUGACGAUGCCCAGAAGGAUCUGGACGAGGCACUGCCAGCCCUGGACGCCGCCCUGGCCAGUCUGCGCAACCUCAACAAGAAUGACGUGACCGAGGUCCGUGCCAUGCAGCGGCCUCCCCCAGGCGUGAAGCUAGUCAUAGAAGCUGUGUGUAUCAUGAAGGGCAUCAAGCCCAAGAAGGUGCCUGGAGAGAAGCCCGGCUCCAAGGUGGACGACUACUGGGAGCCAGGCAAGGGGCUACUGCAGGACCCGGGCCGCUUCCUUGAGAGCCUCUUCAAGUUUGACAAGGACAACAUCGGGGAGACGGUCAUCAAAGCCAUCCAGCCGUACAUCGACAAUGAAGAGUUCCAGCCGGCUGCCAUCGCCAAGGUGUCCAAGGCCUGCACCUCCAUCUGCCAGUGGGUGCGCGCCAUGCACAAGUACCACUUCGUGGCCAAGGCCGUGGAGCCCAAGCGGCAAGCUCUGCGGGAGGCCCAGGACGACCUGGACGUGACACAGAAGAUCCUGGAGGAGGCGAAGCAGCGCCUACAUGAGGUGGAGGACGGCAUUGCCACCAUGCAGGCCAGGUACCGGGAAUGCAUCGCCAAGAAGGAGGAGCUGGAGCUCAAGUGCGAGCAGUGCGAGCAGAGGCUGAGCCGUGCAGACAAGCUCAUCAAUGGGCUGUCGGACGAGAAGGUGCGCUGGCAGGAGACGGUGGAGAGCCUGGAGCACAUGCUCGAUAACAUCUCCGGAGACGUGCUCGUGGCCGCCGGCUUCGUGGCCUACCUGGGCCCCUUCACGGGUCAGUACCGCACGGCGCUCCAUGACCACUGGGUCAAGCAGCUCACAGCCCACAGUGUCCCGCACACCUCUGAGCCCUCGCUGAUCGGGACGCUGGGGAACCCCGUGAAGAUCCGCUCGUGGCAGAUCGCGGGCCUCCCCAACGACAAUCUGUCGGUGGAGAACGGAGUCAUCAACCAGUACUCCCAGCGCUGGACCCACUUCAUCGACCCUCAGAGCCAGGCCAACAAAUGGAUCAAGAACAUGGAGAAGGACAACGGGCUGGACGUGUUCAAGCUGAGUGACCGUGACUUCCUGCGCAGCAUGGAGAACGCCAUCCGCUUCGGCAAGCCGUGUCUUCUGGAGAAUGUGGGCGAGGAGCUGGACCCAGCCCUGGAACCUGUGCUGCUCAAGCAGACUUAUAAGCAGCAGGGGAACACGGUGCUGAAGCUGGGGGACACGGUGAUCCCCUACCAUGAGGACUUCAGGAUGUACAUCACCACCAAGCUGCCCAACCCGCACUACACACCUGAGAUCUCCACCAAACUCACCCUCAUCAACUUCACUCUGUCGCCCAGUGGCCUGGAGGACCAGUUACUGGGCCAGGUAGUGGCCGAGGAGCGACCCGACCUGGAGGAGGCCAAGAACCAGCUGAUUAUCAGUAAUGCCAAGAUGCGUCAGGAGCUGAAGGACAUCGAAGACCAGAUCCUGUACCGGCUCAGCUCCUCCGAGGGCAACCCCGUGGAUGACAUGGAGCUCAUCAAGGUGCUGGAGGCUUCCAAGAUGAAGGCUGCAGAGAUCCAGGCCAAGGUCAGGAUUGCAGAGCAGACCGAGAAGGACAUCGACCUCACACGCAUGGAGUACAUACCCGUGGCCGUCCGCACCCAGAUCCUCUUCUUCUGUGUGUCCGACCUGGCCAACGUGGACCCCAUGUACCAGUACUCCCUCGAGUGGUUUCUCAACAUCUUCCUCUCUGGCAUUGCCAACUCAGAGAGGGCAGACAACCUGAAGAAGCGUAUCGCCAACAUCAACCGCUACCUGACAUACAGCCUCUACAGCAACGUCUGCCGCAGCCUCUUCGAGAAGCACAAGCUGAUGUUCGCCUUCCUGCUGUGCGUCCGCAUCAUGAUGAACGAGGGCAAGAUCAACCAGGGUGAGUGGCGCUACCUCCUAUCCGGAGGCUCCAUCCAGGUCAUGGCCGACAACCCUGCACCAGACUGGCUGUCAGACCGGGCCUGGAGAGACAUCCUGGCCCUUUCGAACCUUCCGGCCUUUUCCUCCUUCCCCUCUGACUUCGUGACGCUCCUCUCGGAGUUCCGGGUCAUCUUCGACAGCCUUGAGCCCCACCGGGAGCCCUUGCCUGGCAUCUGGGACCAGUACCUGGACCAGUUCCAGAAGCUGCUGGUCCUUCGCUGCCUGCGUGGGGACAAGGUGACCAAUGCCAUGCAGGACUUUGUGGCCACCAACCUGGAGCCACGCUUCAUCGAGCCCCAGACUGCCAACCUGUCAGUGGUGUUCAAGGACUCCAAUUCCACCACGCCCCUCAUCUUCGUGCUGUCACCCGGCACAGACCCCGCCGCUGACCUCUACAAGUUUGCCGAAGAGAUGAAGUUCUCCAAGAAGCUCUCUGCCAUCUCCCUGGGCCAAGGGCAGGGCCCUCGGGCGGAAGCCAUGAUGCGCAGCUCCAUAGAGAGAGGCAAGUGGGUCUUCUUCCAGAACUGCCACCUGGCGCCGAGCUGGAUGCCGUCCCUGGAGCGCCUCAUCGAGCACAUCAACCCUGACAAGGUGCACCGGGACUUCCGCCUGUGGCUCACCAGCCUGCCCAGCAACAAGUUCCCAGUGUCCAUCCUGCAGAACGGCUCCAAGAUGACCAUCGAGCCCCCGCGCGGGGUCAAGGCCAACCUGAUGAAAUCCUACAGCAGCCUCAGCGACGACUUCCUCAACUCCUGCCACAAGGUAGCCGAGUUCAAGUCCCUGCUGCUGUCCCUGUGUCUGUUCCACGGGAACGCACUGGAGCGCCGCAAGUUCGGGCCCCUGGGCUUCAACAUCCCCUACGAGUUCACGGACGGAGACCUGCGCAUCUGCAUCAGCCAGCUCAAGAUGUUCCUGGACGAGUACGACGACAUCCCCUACAAGGUCCUCAAGUAUACGGCGGGUGAGAUCAACUAUGGCGGCCGUGUCACCGAUGACUGGCUACCUUUCCUACAUCAAGAGCCUCCCUCUCAACGACAUGCCCGAGAUCUUCGGCCUGCACGACAACGCCAACAUCACUUUUGCGCAGAACGAGACUUUCGCCCUGCUUGGUGCCAUCAUCCAGCUGCAACCCAAGUCGUCCUCUGCGGGCGGCCAGGGCAGGGAGGAGAUAGUAGAAGACAUGGCCCAGAACAUUCUGCUCAAGGUGCCUCAGCCUAUCGGUUUGCAGCCAGUGAUGGCCAAGUACCCCGUGCUCUAUGAGGAAUCAAUGAACACGGUGCUUGUGCAGGAGGUCAUUAGGUACAACCGACUGCUGCAGGUGAUCACGGAGACGCUGGGAGACCUCCUGAAGGCACUCAAAGGGCUGGUGGUGAUGUCGUCCCAGCUGGAGCUGAUGGCGGCCAGCCUGUACAACAACACUGUGCCCGAGCUCUGGAACGCCAAGGCCUACCCCUCGCUCAAGCCGCUGUCCUCAUGGGUCAUGGACCUGCUGCAGCGCCUGGACUUCCUGCAUGACUGGAUCCAGGGCGGCAUCCCGGCUGUCUUCUGGAUCAGUGGCUUCUUCUUCCCCCAGGCCUUCCUGACGGGCACGCUGCAGAACUUCGCUCGCAAGUCUGUCAUCUCCAUCGACAUCAUCUCCUUCGAUUUCAAGGUGAUGGCUCAGUCGGUGUCGGAGCUCAAGACAAGGCCCAAAGAAGGGUGCUAUAUCUACGGACUGUUCUUGGAAGGUGCCCGCUGGGACCCGGUGGCCUUCCAGCUGGCAGAGUCUCGGCCCAAGGAGCUAUACACAGAGAUGGCUGUCAUCUGGCUCUUGCCAGUUCCCAACCGCCAGGCCCAGCAACAGGACUUCUACCUGUGCCCUAUCUACAAGACGCUGACCCGUGCUGGAACACUCUCAACCACAGGCCACUCCACCAACUAUGUCAUCGCUGUGGAGAUCCCCACCGACCAGUCUCAGCGACACUGGAUAAAGCGCGGCGUUGCCCUCAUCUGUGCCCUGGACUACUAGGCUUGGACAGCAGGGUGGUGCCAAUAAAGAUGAAAGAUGUUUUCCCCGCA